AUGCCCGCCCCAGAAUUAAACUAUUUUACCUGUACGCUCGGAGAAGCCGCCUUGUGGAAACGAAGACAAGGACACCAAGAACAACAGGCGUAUAAGGAUGUGAUUGAGCUGGUAGACUUACAGGCUCAAGAACUUCCCGAUUCAGCAGCCAUUGGAUUCGCCAACUUUGUUGAUGCAGAUACCCAAGCAGAGACGUUGCAUCAGCCGUCCCUUCUAUCCUUCAGAGAGCUGAGCGAAUUCUCCGUGCAAGCUGCUGCUAUCUUGGAACAAGCUGCCCCUCCUUCGUCAUCAGAAACAAUUGGUCUGCUAUGUAGUAGCAGUCUCGAUUUCCUUUUGACUUGGCUGGGCCUCAUGCGGUUGGGACAUACAGUAUUUCUCCUUGCUCCACAAUUGAGUGCAUUAGCAAUUGAACAUUUGUGCCACAGUGCAACAGUCAAAUCCAUUUUUGCCGGACGAUCUGAAACGAAGCUGGCCUCCCAAAUGCCAAACAAAAUAUCUAUAAAACCCAUACCGAAUUAUUAUUACAAUAGUUCCAAGUCAUAUCCGCCGGGAGAUAUCAAUAUUGCAGUGUCACAGCUGGCCUAUCUCCGCCAUACCUCAGGCACAACAUCAGGGUUACCAAAGCCGAUUCAGCAAACGAAUUGGGGUGCCGUUGGCGCUCUGCCUCGACUCACUGGAGAUUUCAAGAUUGCAACUUUCUCUACCACACCUUUAUACCACGGAGGUCUUGCGGAUUGCUUUAGAGCAUGGACGAGCGAUGCUAUGGUAUGGUUCUUUCCAGAAGGACUUGUGCCUAUCACAGCGAAGAGCGUAGUUUCUGCAAUUGAACACGCACGGACUAUAAGUCCCUACCAAAUAGGCUACUUCACAUCCGUGCCGUACGUUCUACAAUUGCUCGCUGGCCAUGACAUGGGAGUAAAAAUCUUGCAGACAAUGGAAAUAGUGGGCGUGGGUGGUGCAGCACUUCCCUUAUCAGUAGGCGAUCAGCUUACCAGCGCUGGCGUGAACCUUGUUUCUCGUCUGGGAAGUGCCGAAUGCGGGUUUCUAAUGUCUUCACAUCGAGACUAUUCAACAGACACCAAUUGGCAAUACCUCCGCCCAGCAUGUGAUGAAGAUCUACUUUCAUUUGAACCACGAGAAGGCGGGUUAUACGAGCUCAUAGCUAAGCCGGGGUGGCCACUCAGGGCUGUAACAAAUCGGGAAGAUGGAUCUUACGCUACAUCCGACUUGUUUCAACCACAUUCUAGUAUAGGUAACGCAUGGCGUUAUCACAGCCGGGCAGACUCUCUAAUAGUUUUGGCCAACGGGAAAAAAUUUGAUCCUUCACCCAUAGAAGGCGCCUUGCUUGCUUCCACCAAGGCCUUGGAGGACGUCCUCAUCUUUGGCACUGGGAAAGAUUUUCCAGGAGCCUUGCUAUUUCCAGCUACAGCUACAGACGAGUCAACUGAAGAGGAAGUCUUAUCUGCUGUAUGGCCCAUUAUCGAGCGUUCUAAUCCAAAUUCUCAAAGCCACGCCCGGUUAACCAGAUAUGCUUUGGUCGUGGUUCCCAAGUCUGGAAAUGAGCCCGCACUUGAGAAAAGUAGCAAAGGGACAAUCAUGAGACGGCAGGCAGAAGAGCGGUAUAGCAGGUUUAUUGAAUCUGUCUAUGUCAGCUCACCCGAUCAAAGCUUGAAAGCGGAUGAACUUGACGAUGAUGAACUCGUGGCUGGUAUAUUUGGGAAGUUCACACAGGUUGUUGGUCGGAGUAUCAGUCUAGAGGGAGAUGUCUUUCAUCAGGGUGUUGACUCAACUGCUUGCAUUCAGAUUCGAAAGCUUAUUGAGUCUAGCUUGCUUCCGGACGGGUGUGCGCCAUUACCUGCGAACAUCAUCUAUGAGUGCGGAAGCAUUCGAGCGAUAGCGGACUAUAUAAGAGCCAACAGACAAGGAGGUGAUAAACCAAAAGGGGCACAGCGAAUGCCACCGGGGGCUGAUGAAAUGGACGAGAUGUGGGAUUUAGCAGAGGCGUUCAGCAACUUCAGUCGUCUAAUACGUCUCCAAGAUCUACUGCUUGCUGAGAGCUCAGACUUCCUUGGACGCCCACGAGCGGAUUUCAAAGGGGCUAUCAUCUAG